CACGUGUGAUUGGUUUGUGUGUGUGUUGCAUUGGUGGGUGUGAGUGUGUGUGAGUGUGUGUGUGUCAUUGGUGUGUUUGUGUGUGUUUCAAUGGCAUGUAUGUGUGUUUUUUAUUAGUGUGUGUGUGUGUGUGUGUGUGUAUUUUUCAUUGGUGUGUGCGUGUGUAUUUUUCAUUGGUGUGUAUGUGUGUGUGUGUCAUUGGUGUGUGUGUGUGUUUCACUGGUGUGUGCGUAUGUGUGUGUGUGUAUUUCAUUUGUUUGUGUAUGUGAGUGUGUUUCACUGGUGUGUGUGUGUUUCACUGGUGUGUGUGUAUGUGUGUGUGUAUUUCAUUUGUUUGUGUAUGUGUGUGUGUUUCACUGGGGUGUGUUUGUGUGUUUCACUGCUGUGUGUGUGUGUGUUACUCAUUGUUCUGGUGUCAGAGUGUUAAAGAUGAGGAUAGUCAUCAAUAAAAAUCCUGCUGCAGAGAUGCAUUGUGUAUGAAACAGCACCCUCAAGUGGCUACUUGUGCAAACUGCACACUGAAAUAUAAAAAAGUGACCCCCGGAAAAAAGCCCUGAGAGCACGUGACCAUUUCUCUAUCGCAGGUAACAGGACUACACAGGUCACCUUUAUGAGAGGAAUAUCAGCACUAUAAUAGACUGGGGCUAAUUCUACAGAUACAUUUAUAUUUACAUUUGCAUAAAGUAGGUAUUACACGAUUAUUAUAUGGAUUAUAUUCAUUUCCUGACCACAUUAACUCAGCUAGAGAUGGAGAAAUGGCCAGAACUGAAGCUGGCUCUGAUUUAUAACUCACCAUAAACACUUAACGCGUGCGCGCAUGUGGGCGGGGCUUUCUGCAUUACGUGCUUACGUCACGGGCGCGCGCAGGUACUCUGAUUUAGUGCUGAGUGCUUAAAGUUGAGGAUGUGUGUUUACGGCUCGCGCCCUCGGAGAAACGCAGGUUAUUAUUCUUAUUAUUUUUGUAAAUAAAUACUUUAUAACCCGAGUUUACAGGCUAUGAAAGAUGUGGCAGUGUGUCCUGAGAGCCAGGAGCCUGCUGUGGAAGCUCCUUCUGCUUUAUGUGAUGAUAAACCGAACUGCGAAAGGAGCCUCUUUCUUCGGAGAUGGGUUUGUGCAGCUGAAAACCGUGGAGUCGUCCAGUAAAAACUCCCUCCAUGUGCGAUUUCGGACCUCCAGCGCAGACGGGCUGCUCUUCCUGGCUGCCGGGGAGACAGAUUUCCUCUGGGUGGCGCUACAGGCAGGACGUAUUCAGGUGCAGAUUGAACUCGGAUCAGGUGAACACACCCUUCGCUCAGAGAAAGCGGCUCUCCUGAACGACCUUACCUGGCACUCCAUUGAACUCCAACAUCAUGACCACAAUGUCACCCUGACUGUCGACAAAAGCUCACAGAGCAGUCUGAGGAUGCCUGGGCCUGAUCUGGAGCUCAGCAUUCAGGACGGACUUUACGUCGGUGGUCUUGAGAAUUCGGAUAAGCUCUACCUUUUCAAUGAUAUAUCUCAUGUGGGCUUUCGGGGCUGUCUGGAUGAAGUGCUAUUUAAUGAACACAAUCUGCUUUCAUCCUUAAGGCCUUACUCUGGAUAUAAAAUGGUCCACGAGGUGUCUUUGGGCUGCAGCCCACAGUUUUCAGCCUCUGUGAAUGACUCAAUCAGUUUCUUCAGUUCCAAAGCGUACAUGUCUCUGCCGAUGUGGGAGGUUCCCCAGGAAGGCAUGUUUGAGUGUGAGUUUUAUACCUCAGCUGAACAUGGGCUUCUCUUGUACAGCUCUGCGGGCAAGGGGGACUAUGUAGCUUUGGAGAUACGACACAGGCGCCUCGUUGCUGUUGUUAGAGUAGAUGGCAGUAAGACAGCUUUAAGCUCAAUAACAAUUGUGAGUGAAGAAGGUUGGCACUCAGUGAGGCUCUAUGUAGCACCUAGGGCUCUUCAGUUAACCAUUGGCAAGGAGAUCUUGAAUUCCAGCUUUGGAGCCAAAUCCAGGGCUCUCCAGCUCAAUGGACCCCUCUUCUUGGGUGGAGUGGAUGCAAACACAUUUUCAGAAGUACGUAGAAAUGGUUUGCUCUCUGUAGUACCGAAGCAUAUAAGUGGCGGUUCCUUUAAAGGAUGUAUUAGAAAUAUCAGAGUCAAUGACCAAAACAUGGGCCUGCCCAAUGCUAUGGUGACCAAAGAUGUUUCUAUUGGUUGUGAGCCUGUGAAACAUGUCAAACCCAUGACCACGACAAGUCCAGAGACUCUUGAACCGGAGACUCCUCAAUUAGACAAAACGAAGACUCAGACCUUCUUACUUCUCAAAGAUCUGGAGGUCCUCGAGGGUGGACGAGCACCACUUGAUGCAACGCACAUUAAGUUGAACCUGGAAUUCCGCAAGCUUGGGAUCCGGCAAUCCCAGAUCAUGUUCCGCAUCGAGGAGCAGCCGGUCCAUGGGCAGCUGAGGCUCGAUGUUGAUCCCAAGCAACAGGAAAAUACCUUCAGUAUUCUGGAUCUAUGGUAUAGUCGGGUCAUGUAUGUUCACGGAGGCUCAGAGGAUCCUCAGGACUUCUUCAUGUUUUCUGUUUUCACCACCAGUACCAAUAAAGUGGUGCCUGGUUAUUUGAAGGGGAGCCACUUGCACAGGUUUAACAUCACUGUCACGCCUAUUAACGAUGCCCCAGAACUCAGCCUCCCAGAGGGAAACCUUUUUAUUCUCCUAGAGAAUUCCAAGCGGCAUUUGAGCACGGACAUGCUAAGAGCUACUGACCCUGAUAGUAACUACACAGACCUGGUAUUCUCUCUACUCGGUAACCUAAUUGCAAAUGCUGGAUUCCUGGAACUUGAUGAUAAUCCAGGAAAACCCGUGACCUCGUUCUCCUACUCGGACUUGGAACAGGGUAAGGUGAGUUUCGUCCACAAAGGCAUCAAGAACUCUAGGAUGGCCAUCAGAGUGAGCGAUGGAGAAAAAGUGAGCAAUACGGUCGUGCUGAGAAUUAUGGCCAUCACCUUGGAGUACAAAGUUGUAAAUAACACUGGCGUGGAUGUGAUCCAGGGUCGAGCUUCUCGUGUUGGUAGUAAACAUUUAGCUGUGCAAGUAAACAUGGCCAAACAAGCAACGGAUAUCCGGUAUGAUGUCCUAGACCCACCUGUCUACGGUGAGCUGCAACGGCUACAUUCCAGUGGUGAGUGGAAGCAGACUAGUACCUUCACACAGAAACUUCUAGAAAAGGAUCGACUCAGGUAUCUUAGCACCUUCCAUGGUCCCCAAUUAAAAAAUGUAACCGAUGGCUUCACAUGCAAAAUCAGCAUUGGCUCUGUGUCUACAGACAAGGUUCUCGUUCAUAUAAGGAUCCGAUGGAUUCAGUACAAAGUCACCAGGAGUAAAAUGGAGGUGAACGAUGAUCAUAAAGUCACGUUGACACCUCAGGAAUUUAGAAUAGUAUCCAAAAAUGUGAAACUGUCUGAGAAUGAUAUUCAUGUCCGCUUGUUGACUUUACCAAGGAGAGGUGUCUUGAUUUUCAAUGACAAGCCCCUAAAAAAGAACUCUACUUUUAGUCAAAUGAAUAUCACUAACCAAAAAGUACAGUAUAAACUUUUUGAAAAGCCAAACAAAGACCUGAGGGACAUGUUCAGCUUUCAGGUGUUUUCAGAGUACUCCUAUUCCGGGAGGCAUAACUUCAGGAUCAGCAUCAAAGCCGAUGCUCACAGCGUAGUUCUGAGAAAUCAUGGCCUUUCCCUCUUGGAAGGGGAGAGUAAGAUCAUAACCAAGGACAAUCUUUUCUUGUUUGGCUCUGGAGCUGUACAUUACACCUUCAGAAGCAGCCCUCAACAUGGGAAAGUAAUCCAAAUCAACAACUCCAGCAACAAUAUAGUGGAGUUCACAAACCAGGACAUUCUAGAGGAACGCAUCUUGUACGUUCACGAUGAUAGUGAAACAACACAUGACGCAUUUACGUUCUGUGCUUCGGCAUCAUCUUUGAAAGACAUUGAAGGCAUUUUCAACAUCUCCAUUCAGUUAGUGAAUGAUCAAAAACCUGUUCGUGUUGUAGAUAAAGUCUUUCACGUUGCAUGUGACAGUCAGAGGCUCCUGACGUUGGAGGAUCUCUGUUACCAUGACCCUGAUUCGGACUACGAUGAUGGACAGCUGCUUUAUACCAGACGGGGAAUCCCGAUGGGUGAGCUAGUCUUGGUAAAUGAUACCUCGCACAAGCUUUAUCAGUUCCAUCAAAGAGACCUAGAGGAAAAGAGAGUUCUGUUUGUCCAAAGAGGUGCGAGCUUUGGACGCUUUGUACUCUUUGUAUCUGACGGGAAGCAUUAUACAUCAACGCUGCUGGAAGUAAGUGCCCAGGAUCCUUAUUUAAAGGUAGCCAACAACACUGGCCUACUAGUCCAAAAGGGACAGGAAGUAAUUUUACAGUCAGUCAACUUCAGUGUCGCUACCAACACCGAUGUCCGAAGUGACGAGGAUAUCCUUUUUGAGAUAUUUCAUCCUCCGAGUCAUGGCGUUCUACUUUGUGAAGGCAUUGAGGCUGAUGCUUUCACGCAGUAUGACUUGAAGGUGGGUCAUGUAGUCUAUCGCCAUGACGAUGGCAGAAACCUUGUGGACUCCUUUAGCCUCACAGCUACGGUAAAUGGGCUGCGCUUGGACGUGACCGUGGCAGUGAAGGUGUACCUCGAGAGCCAUCAGAAACCUCCACAACUCAUCCACAACCACUCUGUAGUGGUGGAAGAAGGAAAACCUGUUAAAAUUCACAAAAAGGAGCUUGAGGUAGUUCAUGAAGAUAACACGCCAGAUGAGAUCAUGUACACCGUGAAAACACCUCCAUCACACGGCUUCCUGAGCCGUUCUCACAUGGACGGAGAGAACCGUUACGAUGGGACCGUUGAGAAGUUCUCACAGUGGGACAUUAAUGCUGGUCACAUCCAGUAUGUCCAGGAGAAACCCGGACACACCAGUGACUCUUUCUCACUGGAUGUCACUAAUGGGAUUGUAACACUCUGUGAUCUGGUGGUGUUUGUGGAUAUCAUUCCUUUCUUCCUACCACUCGAAGUGUCAAAUAUAACCUUGAAAGAGGGAUCUUCAAUAGCUCUAACUCAAGAUAUAAUAAAGAUCACGGGCCAACACUUUACAGAACUUCAUGUCCAGUACCAUGUGAUCGAGGGUCCACAUCACGGCCAUAUAGAGCACUCCAGGAUCCCUGGGGUCCCGAUCCCAUCUUUCACCAGGGUGCAGGUUGAACAUGAGUUCAUAUCGUAUGUCCACGAUGGCAGUGAGACGACAGCCGAUAAUUUCACGCUGGUUGCAAAUGACACGGACGUCCGUAAGCAGAGCGUGCCUCGUGUCAUACACGUGAACAUCACGCCUGUAAACGACGAGGCUCCAGUUAUAACCAUCAACAGGAUCCUGAGGGUAUGGGUGGAUUCCGUCACCGAAAUCACCAGCGAUGACCUCAGUGCUACUGACCGUGACUCUGCCCCUGAGAGCCUGGAGUUUAUCAUCACUCCCCCCAGUAACGGACACCUUGCCCUGAAGAGCGCCCCCUCCAGACCGGUCCUGAACUUCACCCAGGCUCACAUCCAGCGCCAUCAGCUGGUGUUCGUACACAGCGGUGCCCUGUUUGGUGGAUUUCAUUUCCAGGUGAAUGACGGGGUCAAUUUUGCACCGAGGCAAAUUUUCAGCAUCGCCGCCCGAUCUCUGGCGCUCAGCCUGGAGAGGAACCGUGAACUGAAAGUGUUUCCAGGUUCCUCAAAAGUAAUUUCCAUUGAAGAUUUGUUUAUUGCCACUAAUGACUAUGAUGACGUUCAUGAGAAUCGCACCAUCGUCUAUUCCGUUACCUCACCCCCGAGACUGGGCAAACUGAUCAGGGCCCAAGACGACAAUUCCACAGAGACAAAGCCGAUAUCUACGUUCACUCAAAACAUGUUAAAGGCCGGUUUGGUCGUAUAUGAACACACUGAGCCAAUAGCAUGGACAGCGACAGACUCCUUCAUCUUUACUGCAUCUUCACCUCCUGCUUCCUUCCCACCUCACACUUUUAACAUCCACAUCUCCUACGAUAACACAAGUCCGGAACACAGGAGCGUCCUACUCGCCAACACAGGUGCUGUAGUGGUUGAAGGCAGUCGGAUAAUGAUUGAUAAGUCGAAGUUGGAUGCCUCAAAUCUUCUGGGAAAGCUACCUGAAGAAGAACGAGACUCCUAUGAAAUCUGGUACCGUGUCACCACACUGCCACGCUUCGGGACAAUUGUUGUAGGUGAACGUAACCUGACACGUGAAAAACCCGACUUCUCCCAGUUCAUCCUCAACAAAUAUGGCAUCACGUAUGUGCACGAUGACUCGGAGACCACCUUUGACAGUUUCAGUUUUGAUGUGUGGUUAAAUCUUAUAGGGAAACCUGCUCAGCCACCCCAUGAGAAAGACCUUAUGGUCUCAGAGUCUUUUAAUAUCACUGUAACGCCUGUGAAUGAUCUGCCUCCAUUACUCAAAACUCAAGCCCCCAGUCUCUUGGUGGUCAAAGGAGACACUGUAGCCUUAGGUCCUGAAAACCUUCAUGUGGAAGAUCUGGACACUUCACCUGAGGACAUCCACUACACUGUGAUCAGCAAGCCUAACAAUGGCUUCCUGGCCCUGGAAGGUAGGCUAAAUGAAUCUACUGUCACAUUUACCCAGGCUGAUGUGGACGAGGGAAGGGUGCACUUUGUUCAAGAAGGGAAUCCCACCUCAGGAAUAUUCUACUUCAGUGUUACCGAUGGCUUUCAUCGUCCACUCUACAAGCUCUUUAAUCUUGAAGUUCACAACGUCACAAUCAACGUUGUAAAUAAUACUGGAUUGACUCUAGUGCAAGGGCAGACUACAGGGAUCCUGACACUUCACCACUUGGCAGCAGUGACCAACAAGAAAAACACAACCAUAAAGUAUCACAUUACAAUGCCACCAAGUCAUGGCAGGCUCAUGAUUAAGGAAGACCAGAUCACACACUUUGACCAUGAGGAACUUUGGUUGGGGAAGGUUUUGUAUCAAAUGACUGACUUGUCCUCCUCUCGAGACAGCUUUGAGUUCACUGUUGUCGCCUCUGAAAGCAACCUGACCAAUCAGGUGUUCAAUAUCACAGUGAAACCGCUGAUCCACCUUGGAAAACAAGUCCGGAUCCCUGAUGGUAUUCCUGUUAAAAUAAGGAAGGAUGUUUUAGAUGCCACUGAGCUGGCAUCCAUCAGUGGCAGUGACCCAGUCUUUGAAAUUAUUGUUCCUCCAAAAUAUGGCAAGCUAGUAAAGGUAACAGUGAACCUAGGUAAUGCAUCAGAGUCUAUAGAAUCCUUUACCUUUAGGGAUGUUGAACAAGGCAGAAUUGCCAUUCAGGAGCACCUUAACUUUCUAGCUGUACAUGGUAACACAACAGUUGUUGUGCAUAACAAAACAACAUCUGCACUUGAAGACUCGUUUGUGUUCCUUUUGAAAGCAUCAAAUGUUCAGCCUGCCAGAGGAGAAUUUGUUUUCAUGGUUGUACCUUAUGACCCAAUGACAGGAAAACACGUUUCAACAGCACCAGUGCGUCCAACCAUAUAUCCUGCUUUUAACAGAACAAGCAAUGUUGUUUCACACAUGAAUGAGCCAUCACAUAUGCACCCAACCAAAAUACCACAUUGGGUACCUCCAAAAACCAAGACACGGAACCGUUCGGGGAACCACACACGAGGAAAAUCCACAGUUUCUAACGCACCCAAGACCACAUCAGUCAGACACAACGAUCCUCCCAGGAACACACCGAUCAGGGUAGAGUCUCUGCCAAGACCUGCAUCUGAUCCUCUGCUUAUUAUUCUACCCUUCCUGGCCUGCCUGUUUCUUAUCGUCAUCCUAGUUGUUUUAAUCUUGGUUUUCAGGCACAGGCAAGAGAAGCGGGCUCAGCCAUCCAUGAUCCAAGACCUGCCAGAGAACUCUGUUGAGGACAUUGUGUCUCCAAGCCCUUAUCUGGGACAGCCUGAGAGAAGUCUAACCGUUCCCUCUGUUGUAGUGACCCCUCUUAUGCCACGGUGUCCUAGAGGCCCUGUUUUAGAGCCAGCGAAUAAUAGGGCCUUGGUACCAGCAAUAACACUCCCUGACUCUCCAAUGCUUGUCUGUCCAUGGACUCCCAUGUGUCCUGAGGGAACACAGCAGUCCUCUCCUGAUACACCAACUCUGAGACAAAAUCAGUACUGGGUUUGAAACAAUGUCUUCGGCCAUGUAAUCAUCUGGCACACUGGAUGGGUUGUCAGUCCACCUAGUGGCAAUUUAGAGUAGCCAGUCCAUUUACCACCAUGUUUUGGGGAGGUGGGAAGAAUCCCAUGGAGAGAACUCUCUGUCCAUGGACUCCUGUGGAACCUGUGUGAAAGCUGCGGGUCUCUUCUGGUACACCAAUCCUGAGAAAAAAAUCAGUACAGGGUUUGCUACAAUAUCACUGACCACAGAAUCAUCUGUAACUAGAGACAGCAUAGUUCAUUCCAUCAUUCAUUCAUGAUUAGCAACCAAUUUAUCCUGGUCAUUUGUUGAGGUGGAUUCUAGGGAACACUGGGGCAAGGCACUUGGGGGCAAUUUGGGGUAGCCAGUUCACCAUGUUUAGGGGACAGAGGCAGCAUGGUUAAUUCCAUCAUUCAUUGAUCUUUAAUAAUCACUUUAAUCUGGUCAGCGUUGAGUUGGAUCUUGGGAACUCUAGCGUGAGGCAGCAAUAUACCCUGGACAGGAUACUGAGGCAAGGCAGGAAUACACCCUGAAUGGGAUGCUUGUCCAACUAGGGGCAGUUUAGUGUAGCCUACCCACUUACCACCAUGUUUUGGAGAGGUGUGAGGAAACCAGAGUACUCAGAGAGAACCCAUGUGAAACUCUCAAAGGACAGUAUCUGGAGCUCAGGUUCGGACCUUGUAUGCUGGACUUAUGAGGUAGUUAGAUAUAUAUUUACAAUUUGCACUGGUGGCAAGUAGGUUUUUUUUAAACACUCAAAACUUCCCUCUUGUGUGAAAGUAUUACCCAACCCAUAUGGUUGCUGGCAUCUAGUUUUUUUUUUUUGUUUGUUUGUUUGUUUGCGUAUUUCUGGAUUUAAUUUGCCAAAUAUUGUGCAAUAGUUUUGUUGUUAUACCCAAAGUAUUUGAGCUAAGUGAGCUUGUAUAAGCUUUAUGCAGCUGCAUUUUAUUGUGAUUGUGCAAUAUGUUAUGACAAUAUUAUAAUGUUUUGGAGACAUACUGUAAUCUGAUUACAGAAGGUUAACCAUGUAGAGGACAGUACCGUUUCCAUAUUUUGUUACUGUGGUUAUAUUUUCAUGCUUGAUAAAUAUAACAUAUAUUUUCUUAGACUCAUUACACUGGAUUUGUAAACAUGUAUAUUUAUAUUACUCAUUGUGUCUCACUGAACAAGUUGCCUUAUAUUUAAAAGGAAACUGAUGUUAAAAUUAAAAUUAAAAUGAUCUUUAGCUUCAAACAUUUUUCAGACUGGGUUGUUUGUAUCGAGCUUGUGUUAGUCUAAAAGUUUAAUGUAGCUAACAAGUAAGGGAAACUUAGAACCACCAGUUUAGCUUUGUGCAAACAACUUAUGAUGUGGUUUGUGAUACUGUAUGACACUGUUAUUUAUUAAAAAUAGUCAAAAAAGAUGUUGCAGAAAAACAAAAACAAAUCAUAGCUCCAUCUUGAAGCUGAAACACUUUUCUUCCUUUGCACGUAUUUAUCACGUAGGUAUCUCAGGUAGCUGUAAGGUGCAAUUUGUAUGAUAGAAGUAAUAAUAUUAUACUGUUUAUGUACGAAAUGUAUUGCUGUGUUAACUACAUUAGCUUAUAGCUUAUAUAGUACAAGACUAAAGUUGCAAACCUUAGACACCAAAACAUUUGAUUAUGUUGCGUGAAAGAUAAAAUUAUUACUUUAACAUUUUUAACAUUUUGGCGAAAAUAACACUUUAACUGAUUGAUUUCCUUUUAUUUUCUAAAUAACCUUUUUGGAGUGAAGUGUAAAAUUAUAUUUAUGUACAAAAGGGUGAUUUCACAACUUGUGAACCCCUAUGUGCUGACUGAUAGUUCUGAUAUUGCUAAGGAAUAAAACAUGACAGGCGUGCUGUUAUAGGAAACUAAUCAGUGACAUGGUGGUGAGAUAUGCCCCAAUGCAAAGCCUGAAACAGCAUGUCCUGAGGUGUUUUAUUUCUCUUAUACCUCAGCAAUUACCCAUCAUUUAUAUUCUUUAAUAUGUUAAUGAACAAAAUGUCAUGCUUUUCGUCCGUUUAUAGUUACAUUUAAUGCUGUCCACAAAACAAGAUAAGUUCUGUUAAGUUAUAGCAGUUAUUAACAUUCAUUCUGUCCCCAGUCUCACUCAGUUCUUUCUUGAAGUUAAUAAAGCAAGCAAAUAAAAAAGAAAUUAGCUUGUCAUGUUACCAAGAAAUCAGAAAGUCCUCUGUCCUGAAAACUGUGCUGACACUGGAGACUCCUUCCAUAAAUGUUAUAUAAACGUUUUCUGUUUGUUUAUCCAUUUAUUAUUAGGCUUUGCUUAUGUGGAGUGUCCACUGUACAAGGCCAUGUGAAUGAGCUGUUACUAUGGAAACCAUAACAUAUUAGAACGAUCCUGUGAUUUGAAUUAUGGCCUGAACUACUGUGUUGAAAAACUGACCAAUCAGAUUUGAGAAUUUAACAGUUCUGUGCUGUGCUGUACAGUCAUGUGACCCUGAAGCACAGAGCAGUGUAGAGUGACGUUUUGCUCAUUCAAUGGCAAUUAUCUUUAUAAAUCCAUUAUCUAAGCAUUUCUACAACAGCUUUGCGAGAAAGCUUUGGGAAUAAUUGGCUCUGAAAGUUUUUCCACGUGUUCUGGGUGUUUCCACGGCUCUUAUUCAUGCUUCUCUGAUGUUUGGAUCGAUGACCAGAGACCUCCACACCCAAAUGUGCAUUCACUUAUUCGGUCCAUUCAUGAGUUAUGUGUUGCAUCUUUGAACCACACCUUGUGACAUGGUUCCACGUGGAGGCAUGUUCUGAAACGUUGUGUGUGCCUGUAGGGAAUGUCUAUGUGUAUGUGUGUAUCAGUGUAUCAGUGAGGUAGAUAAAAUAGUGUGUAAAUUGUAUUUUAAGUAUCUGUUUAGGUCCACACUAGAUGUAUGUGUUGAAAUAACCAAACUAUGACACAUCAGGAGUCCACAUUACUUUAGAAGGUGUUUUUUUAUGAUUAAAUACUUUCUGAGUAGAGUUAUUCUGAGAGUACAGACUGGUCAGAGUAUGUGUAUUUAAAGAAACAACUGAGUUAGUAUUGACAGGCAAGUACUAUUACAUCAUAACUCAUAAGAGCCAAUCAUAUUUCAGUAUGCAAAUGCAGACCAUGCAGUAGUGGUGUACUGGAGAAAAGGGCAUGAAUUAAGUUUGCAUAUUUGUAUCUUCUAGAUUUCUUGAUAAGGCUGAAAGUACUGUCUAAAGACUUUUUUGUGUAUUCAUACCAUCAUGCAAAUUUGUUAUUCGAUAUGUAAAAAAAAUAUGUUAUAAAAUGCUGCCUUUGCGUGACUUUAGCAUGUUUUAUGAAUUCAGCACUAGGCAACUUUAGUUGCUCUUGGAAAAAAAAAAGAUGUUGGUCUGAAAUUCUAUCAUAAUUGCAUCAAAUGCUGACAUUAGUGCAGCUGCAAAUCACAGGGUUAUAUUAAUGCACUUGUUCUAAUACGCUAUCGUUUCUAUAGUAACGGCUCAUUCACAGGGACGUGU